AUGCUCCUAGGCCGACUUGACGUCAGGCCCGGAGGAGCGAGCGCGCCGCUGGCGGCUGGCGGCCGGCGUGAGUGCGGAGGUCACGAGCGGUGCUGGGCCGUUGGUCACCUCUUGUGGUUUGCGAUAUCAGAAGAGAAAGGUAAUGUUGCAGUAGAAGAAAAUAUAGACAAGCCUCUCCAAAAAGGUUUAGAUGCAGAAGAAAAUCAAAACAUGAUAGAAACGUUGAGAGGCAAAGUAAGAGAAAAGCUAAAAAAUGCUAAGAUUAAUCAAGGUGAAAAAUCUUCAACUCAGCUAUUCAUUGAUAAGAUAUAUCAACUGUCUAAGGUGAAUAAGCAGACUGCAGUCUCAUUGGAUGAAGAUGUUUCGUUUUUCAUUCUGAGUGGUGAAGAAGGCUCAGCUUUGGGCCAGUCUUCAGAGCAGCACACCACAGUUAACAAGGCAGUUCCUAAACAUUUUUCACUUGGUGAUAAUUUACAGAACUUUUCUGAGGGCCAAGAUGAAGAUUUUAUGGAAGAAGUCAUUUUUCCAGAUUUACUUGAAGUAAAAGCUGCUGAAUAUGAAGAUGAUCAAGAACAAAUCAAAAAACAACAGGCAAAUAUUUUUGUGCCAAGUAGUUCUCCAGUGGUCAACCAGCGUAAACUGCCGAAAGAUAUGAUGCCACGCAUUUUAGAAGAUGAAGGAUUCUAUAUUCAGAGAAAGCCAGAAAUAUAUAAAAAGACCUGCAACAAAAUGGAAAAUCGUCUGCUUAAACUAGAAGAGGGAAAGUGUUGGUUUGAAGAAAGUGGAGAAAUAAUGUCAUUACCUUCGCCUAUUAGACAGUCAUGGAAUUUUAGAGUCAACGUAAGCGAGGAAUCUUUAAAUCCAGCACUAAAGACCAUUUAUAGGAAGGCAGUGAAAUCUGAUCUAGAAAGCUCUAUUGGGAAUAAAAUGGAAGGUCAAAGGGAAAUGUAUCAAUUAGAUCUCAACAUCGUGGGUUUGCAAUUCAGCCAUCAUGCUCUCUUCAAUCAAGAACAAGUAUUAUGUGCUAGGCUGCUUCAGCUUUAUGAGUGUUUUCAGGACAGGCAGCAACAGAAUUUACCUCAGCUGCUUUAUGAGAAGCUUAAAGCACUGACAGAUGCUACCAAAUUAGCAAACGAAAAUUUGGAAAUAAACCAGCUGACCAGAAAGUCUUUACAAGAUUAUUAUUGGCAGAUAAGUAAUACAAAACAGCUCUAUGACUUAGAAAGGGAAAAGGACUUCUCCCUACUACACAGUAUAUUACGGACUUGGAAACAGAUAAAAUCCCUUCGACAGCGGCAAGGGUUUACAAGCACCCCAAUAAAGUUACAGUUUCAGAGUGUGUUAAGGAAUGUAGAUGCAAGAGGUGUUCCUGGAAUUCCAUGGCUCGUUAAUACACAGAAGCUUUUUGAAUGGGCAAAUGAAGUCAGAAUUGACCCAAAUAAUCCAGAGUAUUCUGAUUUAAUGGAAUUUAUUAUGUACAUGAAACAUAAAGGGCAGGAUAUUCCAAAGUAUUUUCGUCUUGAACAGUUGCAAGAUGAAUUUAACUUUGUUUCUGAAGAGGAGAUGAAAAAAAGUAAACGUUUCCAGCUAUUGCAACUUAGAAAUGCAGGUCAAUUAGAUGUUUUCCUUCUGCAGCAAAUGCCCCUCUAUGAUAGAGAGAUUCCAGAUUUAGUCUUCCAGGAAUAUGAAAGUCAGAUAGAGAAGGAUAUGUCCAUUUCAGAUGUGAAUUCUAUUACCGCACAAAGGAUUAAUUCUGCCAAUUUUCUGAAAAAGAUGAGAAGGUUGAUAAUGAAAAGAAUUGUCAAAGUUAGCAAAUUUAACUUAUCAGAUAUUGUGGCUGAUUAUGAAGAAAUUGUAUCUGCAAGCCAGUUAACACAUGUAGUUUGUAAGCUUGUUGAACGACGAAGAAAGUUAAAGCCUUGGAGGAAAGAGAGGAAAAAAGUGGCAGCACAGACUGUCUGUGAUGGAGAUAUUAAGAUUCUUGUCAGAAUACUGAGGGCUUAUAAUAUUCCUACCAGGAAAACAAUAGUUAGUAGAGCCUUGGAUAUGCCUACUUAUUUGAUGUCAUCCAUGUCUCGCCUCAGACAUAAAGAAACAAUCAAAUCAGUAGCCUCAGAUGAGAUCUUAAAUGAGGAUACUGUAAACCCUUUUGUGGAAGUUUCCUUUCAACACACUGUAUACCAAACCAGUACUGCAAGUGGAUCUCAUCCAUGCUGGAACGAAGAAAUUAAAGUAGAUUUUAUGAUUAAACAAUCUGUCUAUUCCCUUCAACCUCCAGCUACUUCUUUCCUACAAGAGUGUAUGAAAGAAGUCCUGGCUAUGGGCUCUAACCAGGAAGCUCCCAUCGUUAUUCAGUCACUUUCCAAACAAGCUACCAGCCUUGAGGGCCCAGAUGCAAGCUGUGGGAGCACAGAACCACCAACCCCCAGCACUGUCCCCAGUCCUUCCUUGCUAAAGAGCUUUGACAGAAUGCUGCCACUCUCAUACCUAUCCUGCUGA